AUGAAUUCUUUUUUUAUAUUUUGCAAACGGCACCGAAGUAUGGUACGUGACUAUCAUCACAACCUGGAUAAUCGAAGUAUUAGUCGUAUUCUUGGUGAGCUUUGGGCUACUUUGGACCCAAAACAAAAGCAGCAGUACACUGCAACUGCUAAACAAUAUAAAGAUGCCUUUCUUAAGGCAAAUCCAGAUUAUAAAUGGCAUAACAAUGACAAGUCUCAUUUGAUGUCAACAAAUAACUAUGCUCUGAAUCAAGAGCUGACUGAUCCUGACAAAAAUAAUGAAAAAAACUCCUCACCUUCCACAUCAAGCCCUACCCACACAAGCAAAGAUGGCAAUGAAUCUGAUGGCAGCAAAAGCCAUCAAAGUGAUGCCAGUGGAGAUGUCAACUGGACAAAAAUUAGUGGCUUUGACAAUUGCCGACAAGCUGAUUAUAUAUACCGAGAAGUUCAUGUGCCGACACGUAAAUCUAAAAGAACAAACAAAGGAGCUAUUUAUAAGAAUCUUAUUGCCACUGGUGCAUUACCUGCCUCCCGAGAACGAUUAGCUGAGAUUCAGACCAUCUACAAUGUUAAUUCAGAUGAUGGGAGUGAGAUUAAAGAAACUCCGUUCCAUGAACAGCCUAUUCGCAGGAUCAAACGUACUGCUUCUGAGUCAGACACACAUCCUGAUAAACGUUAUAAAACCGGGGAUUUUGAUUUGGAUGCAAAAAUUGCCACUCUUCCAGCCUGCUCAAUGGAUGUUUUAGAAAAGAAUCGCAAAAAUGUCACCAGGCCAAAGUCUUCUCCAGAGAAUUCACGGCGGUCAUCAGGAGGUAUCAGUACUCAUGUCAUGAAAACUGACAUGCUUUUAGCUCCCCCACGCCGGCAAAGACAUCCUGUUUCUUCCCCCAUCAUAGGUAGUCGUAAAAGAAAACAAUCCAAGGACUCAAUUAUGAGAAUUGUUCCUUUGUCUGAAGAGUACAGGCAUCGUCUUUCAUGUAAGUAA